CAGUCGCAACGGUAGCAGAGGCAACAGUCCUGACGUUAUAGCGUUAGUGAGCGAAAUGCACAAGGACCUUCUGCUGCUAGUAGCUGUGCAGGUGGUGGUGACAGGUGUGUCCCCUAGUAUCGACUGGAGUGUUUCGAACUGCAGGUUGCGUCUGCACAUGCCAUGUGAGACCAAUACUGACUUACAGUACUACUUGUACACUAGAAACAAUCAUCCACCAGAGGUACUGAAUGGUUCCUUUAUAGAGUUGCCAGAGUGGUAUGACUCCUCACUUCCACUCAAAGUUAUAAUCCAUGGUUUUGCAGGGAGGAUACUUACAGACCCUACAUCUGACAUCAGAAAAGAGUACAUGAAAGCAGGAGGAUGUAAUGUGGUGGCAGUAGACUGGGGCAGACUAGCACUACUGCCAUGCUACCCUACUGCUGCUCUCAACACUCUAGAGGUGGGCCGUUGUCUGGCUGAGUUGCUGAUGCAGAUGUCCCCUCUUCAUUCUCCAGAUACAAUUCAUAUCAUCGGCUUCAGCCUGGGUGCUCACAUUGCAGCUUAUACCAGCAAUUAUCUCCACACUCUCUCGGGUCGAAGAGUUGGACGUAUCACAGGUUUGGAUCCAGCGCUACCUUUUUUUGCGACUCUGAAAGACUCUUGGAAAUUGGAUAAAGAAGAUGCAGAUUUUGUUGAUGUAAUUCACACCAAUGUUGGAAUAUUUGGCAAGAUUGAACCUACAGGACAUAUUGACUUCUACACCAAUGAUGGCACUAACCAACCAGGAUGCACAGAACAUAAAAAUCCUCCACUAUGCAGCCACAUGCUAGCCAAUACUUACUUUGCUGAGUCCAUCACCUCCAAGACAGGAUUCUGGGGUACUUCUUGUCCCAAUUACUUCCAGUACGCUUUGGGCUGGUGUCCGCUUAUCUCCAGGUCUGACCCUGCUGCUGCCUCUAGGAUCCUUAUGGGAGAGAAUGUCUUGUUUGGGGCACGAGGAGUAUACAUUGUCAAAACAGGACUUAGUUCUCCUUAUGCACUUGGAUAAAUAUAUUAUACAUUUUUCAAUAUUUAAAAAACAUGCCAUAUCAGUCAAUAUAAAUUUCCUCUGUGACAUAAAAUGCAAUAAAGUACAUUUUUAUAGACUAGUUA